AUGGCGUGUGUGAAGGAUUCAGAUGGCGGUGAACAGGCGGAGGAGAGUCCAGCAGACAGAGAGAGAGCUGAGGGAGGCGGCGGUCGCUACGCUGCAGAGCUGGAUCCAGACGGCCAGCAGCAGGACAGCAGGACCUUUGACUCAAACACACUCUCUCCCUCUGCAGGCUCUCAGCAGCUCGGCGAAGAUGAGGAGGAAGAGGAAGAGUGGACCGGUCCUGGAGUCCAGACUCCUCAGAUAGAGUUGGUCUACAGCCUGCAGUGUAAGAGUGUGCAGCCUCAGGUCGACGUCCCUCCGACCGCCUCCUCCUCUGAGCCGGCUGAUGCCCCGCCUCUGCUGCAGUCGCCCCCCCCGGCAGUGCCUCCUGGUAGGAGGGGCAGGAGGCGUAAGGGCACAGACACAACAGGAAAUACGACGUCCCGCUCCUGUAAGGUGUGCGGCGUGGCGUUCAGCUACCGCGGCUCGCUGAUGAACCACGUAGAGGUCCACGCGUACGACGAGCGCUGCAUCUGCGGCGUCUGCGGCAAACAGCUGCCGGACAGAGACGGUCUGCUGCAGCACCUGCAGACGCACGUCAAGGUCCACGUCUGCAACUUCUGCGGCAAAACCUUCUGGCGGCGUGUGGAGCUGGCGGUGCACACGCGCUGCCACACGGGCGAGAAGCCGUUCAGCUGCAGCGUGUGCGCCAGGAGCUUCAACCGCAAAGGCAACAUGGAGAUCCACAUGAGGACGCACACGGGCGAGAAGCCGUACGCCUGCCCCGUCUGCGGCAAGGCCUUCAACAUCCUGUCGUCCAUGAUCCGCCACCGCAGGACGCACUUCGGAGAGAAGCCGUUCAGCUGCAGCUUCUGCCUCAAAGGCUUCGCCACCAACUAUGAAAUGAAGACGCACCGGAGGACGCACACGGGCGAGCGGCCGUACACCUGCACCGUCUGCGGCAAAGGCUUCACGCUCAGCACGCCGCUCAAAAAGCACAUGAAGCGCCACACGGAGCCGCCGCCGCCGCUUCAGAUCCACGUGUACAACCCGGCGCCACGCAACGAAACACAGCCGACGAUUUAAACCUGAAGCCUCCGUGUUUGAUUCUUACUGUUUGUCUGUGAAUCGAGAUGCUCCGAAAUCGUUAAGGUUGCGAUCACAUG